GAGAGCCGCCGAACCCUAGGAGGCUGAAACCCUAGGAGAGAGAGAGAGAGAGAGCGCCGCAGCAGCAGCGAUGACGACCCGAUUCAAGAAGAACCGCAAGAAGAGAGGCCACGUGAGCGCCGGUCACGGUCGAAUCGGCAAGCACCGCAAGCAUCCCGGAGGUCGCGGAAACGCCGGAGGCAUGCACCACCACCGCAUCCUCUUCGACAAGUACCACCCGGGGUAUUUCGGUAAAGUCGGUAUGAGGUACUUCCACAAGCUCCGCAACAAGUUCUACUGCCCCAUCGUCAACGUCGACAAGCUCUGGUCACUCGUCCCCCAGGAGGCCAAGGACAAGGCCACCAAGGACAACGUCCCCUUGAUCGACGUCACUCAGCACGGCUACUUCAAGAUCCUCGGCAAGGGGAAGCUCCCGGUGGGCCACCCCGUCGUCGUCAAGGCCAAGCUCAUCUCCAAGGUUGCUGAGAAGAAGAUUAAGGAAGCCGGCGGCGCUGUCGUUCUCACCGCUUAGGUUUGGGUCCUUCUGAGAGAAAUUAGGGGUUUUGAUUUUCGUUUUUUCGUUUAUGUUAAUCUGGUUUAGUCUGCCUGGAGACAGCUAUGUUAUAUUUUCGAUUUUGGAUCGGUGGAUGUUAAAUGGCUUUUCAUAUUUAUCGGAUUUGGUUAAUU